GGAACUGUACGCAUGGGUACUGACAAAGAAGAAUCUGUGGUAGACACAAACCUUUGUGUUCAUGAUUUCCGCAAUCUAUAUAUUGGUUCCAAUGGCGUCAUACCGACAGCGAUUACGUGCAACCCAACGCUAACAACUAUUGCGCUGGCAAUCAAGUCUGCAAAUCAUAUUAUCAAAAAAUUACAGGAAAAAAAAGAAAAUAGGCUUGGUGAACGGGCCAGGCUAUAG